AUGCCGUGUGUCGAAGGUAUGGUUUGGAUGGUAUGCACAUUUUGCUUUAUAGCUCCUAUGAUUGUUCUAGGAGUGGUUCUUCUUGGUCUUGGGAUAGCAACACUUCCAUCGUCGUAUGUGGUAAAGAAAGAAUAUGACAAAUAUCCCAACACUUUUAAAGAGCUUAAUUUUGUUUAUAAAGUUGGUGUUUCCUUCGGAUACAUAUCGAUUAUCAUAUGUGUUCUAUAUUUAGUCUUCUGGGGAUUCAUGUUAUUUCCAGGUGGUGGUGUAGUAUCUGUUUGGUACACAAUAAUUCCCAUUAUUGGAGCAGUAGUAUUUAUAGUAAUUGGUAGUUUAGUGAUACACAAUGAUAAGAACAUAUCUAUCUAUACAAAAGAUGAUGGAAUGAACACAUAUUAUGAAGAUGAAUUAGCACAAUAUGAAAUCAAUGAAAAGUGUUGUUUCAGUGAGAACUACAUAUUAACACGGACAUGUAGUGUCGUUUCAGAUACAGACGUUGAUUCUUGUGACUCUUCACUGAAAAAAAUAGAGUCACAUAUCAAAGCAAUAGGCUCACUCGCCAUUUGUGGGUUCUUAGGAUGUAUCUUAAUAGUUAUCGGACUUGCCUUAGGCUCGGCGAUGAACAUAAUAAUCAUAUGGUGUAUUUAA